AGCUCCAAAGUGAACUUUGCAAAAGAAAGAAAAAAUCCCACCCAAACCCACUGAACUCUUACCGCAUUUAUUUAUUUAGUAAAAGUUUUGUUUUGUUUCUCCUGCCGAGUACUUACUGCUGCCGGGUGACUUUGAAAUUAGCAUCAUUAAUCGGAUUACUCAUACGCAAUCUUUAGCAUAGCAAACGACUGGGCGUGUGUGCCUGUGUGUGUGUGUGUGACCCUUCGAACCCGGACCGGCGCGCAUGGCUCACGUUGCUCCAGCGGCUCGACGGUUUGGCUCAAUUGCUACGUUUGUUGCCGCCAACGCUACCCCGAGGGCAAGCACACACGUUCUACAGCCCUGGGACCCCUUUAAUUAGGCUUCUCCCCCCCCCCUCGCCUCCCCGCCGCUUGCUCCAAGUGUACCGGGAAUAUCAUGCGCGAUCGCGUUGGACCCAGCGUUCGACUCCCGACAGCAUCAGGCGGGCCCCGUAACUGUACGAAACCCUGCUUCACGCGUGCCUACGCUAGCUUGACCCCGUGCCCGCUGUCACACGCCGCACAGACAUGGUGUGCGAUGAUGGCGCACCGGCAAAAUGGCGCACCGGGGUCAAAGGCUGGAUCCCCGCCACCAGCAGACGAAUGCAAGGGGAAGGUUGAGCGAGGGAGAGAGAGAGAGAGAGAGAAGGAGAGGGAAGGAGGGAAGGACAGAAUGGUAGCAGAACGGGCCCCACUUGUCGUCAAGUCAGGCUGGCUGGGAGGUUCCGUGGGGAGAAAGCGGAGUCACACACACACACACACACACGCGCGCGCGCUCGAUCGUCGGUAUGAUGGUGGUCGUGGUCCCUUUGCAAAACUGCCCCAUGUCCGAAGUUCGUCUUUGAAGAGGCAGUCUAGGGGGAAGGGGGCGGAGGAGGAGGUAAGGGGCAGGGGAGGGCAGGGCGGAUCGAGAUAAGCGAGCGAGGUGGUAGCGAGCACUAAUUAUCUAAGCUGGGCGGGCGAUAUGGUCCGGGAUUGUCCCUGCCACCCCUUUUGGAGCGGCGAGAAGGGCUGGCGGGCGAGGGGCCAGUAUUGCUGCCCCGUUCCCGUUAGAGGCGCUGAUAAGAGGCCCGUCGGUAUGUGUGUGCGUGUGUGUUGGGAAGGAGGGGGGAUUUAAAACUCUGCCCCAUAUAAAAAGCUCACCCGACACGGUUACGUUCCAUCGCAAGGUGUAGACGUGUAUGCUAACGAGCAAGCGACUGUUAGGAGCUGGAAGUGUCAGGAGCGCGUGUUCUAAGCGUUUUGGCCGUGUUUCUGUGAUUCUGGCUUGGUGCUAGUAGUAGUGUCGCAUCACUUUCACGCACGAUAAGGCCCCGAAGCCCCCGCGUGUGACGUCGUCUAUCAACCUUUCGCCGACGUGCAACGCAUACGCAUACACAGGCGCGGCUCAUCAACCUGUUCGCUUCUGUGCGUGCGUGCGCGUGUGUGUUUGUGCCUUUCCCCAGUGUAGUGGUAACUCGGCUCUGUGUGUGUGUGUGUGUGUGCCCGCCCGCCAUCUCGCUCCGACGUCCGUGGCCAUUUCGGCUGCUGGAACCGCUGCGGCCCCGUGUGUGUGUCUCUCUCUCGCUCGCGCGCGAGCACGCUCAUCGCGCAACGCACAAAACAGAACCCGAUCGACGGUUCGGUCGGCUCGGCUCGUUCAUUUCUUCGCUCGCAAUCAUCCGAUACGGUACGGUGUGCUGCAGUCGCUCUACUCUCAAACCCUCUAACACAGCAGCAGCAGCAGCAGCAACCUCCGAUUCACCAUUUGCGUUACGUGUUUUUUAGUUGUCCCCGCUUCCGUAUCGGUUUCGCGUCCACCGGGACCGAACUUUGAACUUUCGUCGGUGUAACUUUACUGUGCGUGUGUGUAACGUGUGUGUGUUUCGCUCUGUGCAGUGCGCGUGCAACCCUUCGGUGCAAAUUUUAGAACGAGAACAAGCAGCAGCAGCAUGUCGUCGAAAGUGCAGGAAAAUGGCAGCGCCACCACCAACACUACCGCUCCAACCAACAGCGACAGUACGGCACCGAACAACAGUGCGCUGCUGCCGCACCUCGAAUCGCUCGACCGGAUGCUGAAGCUGCCGGUCGUGGACGCGACCUGGCAGCAGACCCAGAACGUGUACGGGCGCGUCAAAGAUUACAACCCGCUGCUUACCUGGGCCCUCGGCACGGCGGAGGACGUCGUCUGCCGGGCGGUGACCGUCUCGGCCCCGCUCGUCCAGAAGCUCGACCGGCCGCUGCAGCUGGUCGACCAGACGCUCGUCAAGGGCAUCGACAAGCUGGAGGUGAACGCGCCGAUCAUCAAGGAGCAGCCGGCCGACAUCUACCAGCAGGCGCGCACCCGCGUCAUCGAGUCGGUCAAGCCGCACAUCGAGAAGGUGUGCGAGCUGCGGUCCGCCUCGCAGCAGCGGGCCGCCUCGCUGAAGGAUCUGUCCUGGCGCAAGGCGAACGAGGUGCUGGCGACGCAGUACGGCAGCCUGGCGGUGAACGGCGUCGACACCACCGCCCAGCUGGCCGAGCGCCUGCUCGACUACUACUUCCCCAAGUCGGACACGGAAUCGGAGGACGAUAAUGUGCCCAUCUCCGCCAAGGACGAUCCGGUCCUGCACACGGUCCAGACGGUCGGGCGGCUCUCGAACAAGGUGGCCCGGCUCGUCUACCGCACCGUCUCGACGCAGGUGAAAUCGCUGCGGAAGGAGGACGUGCGCGACUACGUCGCGACGCUCAUCGCCGUGCUGCGCCUCACCCAGUACCUGAACUUCAUCAACGAGAAGCGGCAGGCGGUCGAGGCCGGCAGCCCCAGGGAGCCGGCACCCAGCAACCCCGCCACGACGACCCCCGCCGCCCCAGCCAACACCACCAGCUCUACCCCCAGCAGCAGCAGCAGCACCACCACGUCCGAUGUGGUCGCCACGACCAAGAGCAGUAAAACGUUGCAGCAGCAAGACUAGAGCGAGAAAGAGAGCAAGAGAGAUUCGGUGAAAUUAUAGUGACUGGGAGGGAAACAAAAAAAAAUGAGGAAGGGGAAGUGGGAAGAGGGACAAAACGGGAAUUAGGAUGUUCGCAAACACACACACACACACACACACACACACACACACACACACACAAAAGCACACAAACACACACCGAUGUUGAUGAGUGAUAGCGCGAUUUUAGAGGGACAACACAGAGGAGAGGCUUCCGGUAGGGGGGCAUCAUUCUGUCGUACGGAAUGCAUUUGUUUGUUUUCGUUUUUUUUUUUAAUGGCCAAUAUGUGUGCCAACCAGGAUGAUAUGCUGAGAUAUGUUAGCGAAAGAUCAAGAUGCGCUGUUGUCGCUAUAGAGAGAUAGGGAAGGACGUGUGUGUGUGAUAGUGUUUGUGCAGGAGCAUAUGCUUAUGGUAGAUAUACCAUAGUGCGGAGGAUGCGCGCAGCAAGUUCGCGCAGAUCGUGAUGUUUAGGGCGGACCCCCUUCGUUCCCCCCACCUCCCCUACCAUGGCUUUCAUGGCUGGUUAUACAACUAAUUCGAUAAUAAGCUUUAUCUGCGCAUACCGCGACCGUGUGUUCGGGCGUCUAUUUUUUUUUUUUUUUUGUGUGUAGGUUUAUUGCGUGUUUAUAUACUACAUGUAUACUGUUUUUUUCUGUUUCUAUUUUUUUUUGUUUAUAUAAAAAAAAAGUCUUGUUAAUAAAACAGAUUCGAUUACAAAA